AUGUACUAUCAAUUACGACGAGGUAGUAAACAGAAAAAAAGUCCUAUAAGAAUAUCAUUUAAAAAAUAUUCGAAGAUAUGGAGACUGAUUAGUGCAAGUUUUAUGAAAACAAUAAAUUUUGCAAUUAGCUUUCCGAUAGUUGUAUUAUUAUUGGUUAUCAUACCAAUCACUCUUGUGUUCAAAUGGAUCGUGUCUUUGGCUCAUCGAAUUGCUUGUCUAGGCGUUUUAGGAAACGUAAUGACAAACGACGAGAUUCGUUGGUUGGGUUGUUCUUGGCGUCAUUCUACUGUGUUCGCAAUUUUCAUUCUUGACAAUGAAAUGGAAUUGCAAUUUUUACAACAGCUCGUCGUUAACAAAGUACUACCGCAAUGUCCACGAUUAACUGAAAAACCGGUGGUGUUGACAAAUUUAUUUGGGAAUUCGCAUUGUUGGAUGUCUGAUCAUAAUUCAUUCGAUAUUAACCAACAUGUAUUCAAAUCACGUGAAACCACAAUGGAAAAACACGAGCUACAGAGGUAUAUUGGGCAAUUAGUUUCUGGUGGUUUACCAAUAGACAAACCACCUUGGGAAUUGCAUUUGUUGUCUCAAUGUGACGAAGCGAUGCCAGGAAAACGAGAUGCAGUGGUUGUAUUUCUCGCUCACCGGUGUCUAGCAGAUUGGAUAUCUUUGGCUAAAUUAUUGUGCACUUGUUUGUCAGAUACCAAACCAUACUACCAUACUUCAGAAAAUCCAACAAAAAUGCGAUAUUGGACAAGCGUAGCAAGAACUGUGAUGACUGGACCUGCAGAAAUUUUAUGGAAAAUGAUUACCCCAAUCAAUGAUGACAAUAUAGUGACUUCGGAUCCCCUAACUUUAAACUAUAACAUUAGUUGGUCUUGUUUUCAAGGGGCUCUAUCAAAAGUUAACCGAAUUAACCAAGUGACUAAAACUCCUAACAGUUAUGUAGUUUUGUCUGCAAUUGCUGGAUCGUUGCAUGUUAUGAUGAAAGUUGGACUGCAGCAACUGGACGACAUGAAUAUUGUUUACCCUGUGCAAACUGGGAAUACCGACCACUCGGCACCAGUUUUAAUUCGUUUACCAAUAGGCAUUGAAGGUGCCAUCCCAAGAUUGUGGUUUACCAAGAAAGCAAUGCAAAAUAUGUAUCGUUCGGAUCAAGCUUUAUUGCCAGCAAUAGUUUCUUUAUUAAUGCCACUCCACUCUUCGGGAACCAGAACACUGUUAUCUGGGCUCACUGACAAUUUGGCUUGUCUACAGUUUAGUUGGGUAUCUGGCCCAAGGUCAAGAAUUAUAAUCAAAGGGUCUCCACUAAAAACAGUUUACUCUAUACUGCCGUCUCAACAAACUAUUGGUGUUUCAGUCUCGGUGUUUACAUACACAGAUGAUAUAUUUAUUAGUGUAAGUGCAGAUAGUGCGAUUGGUGAAGGGUUUGGUGAAACUUUAUUGCUCAACAUAAAACGUCAAAUUGACCAGAUGUACGAGCUGUUAAGAUACAGAAGAAUACCAAAGGAUUUAAAGAACAGUUUUUUAAUAUCGAAUAAUUUUAAAGAUUUAUCGUCUAUAGAUAUUGAAGGGCUUAUAGGGAAAAUGAAAGAUAUUCAGUUACAACUACAAAUGGCUAAAGAACUAGGUGUGUAUAACGACGACGGAAUAAGACACGUAAAUCAGCUUAGAGGCGAGUACUCGGUUUUACUUCGAGAACUACGCAAAAGGAAACACAAAAAUAAAAGAAAUAUUGUACAGAAAAUGUUAGGAUGUUCAAAUCCUUUUAGUUCCAAGUUAAGCUGUGAAAAAGAACAAACCAAGACGGUCCAAGCUACAAGAAAAUUACAAGAAGCAACUAAUAUAUUUGUCGCACAAACUGCUCAAGAUUACCGUCCUAAAAUACAUAUUUGUAGGAGUACUGUUUAUGCUAAAGACAAUUUUUUAGGAUUACCUAAAUUACCCAGAGAACAACUGCUCACUCAGAUCUAA